AUGAAUGACCGAUCUGUAGAUGAGAAUACGCCAUUGAUUCUUGACGAGUUUAGUACUCGUCAGAGUAAGUCUACAUCAUUACUUUCUUCAAAGAGUGUGGGUCAUAAAUAUCAAGUAUAUGAUGCGGCGCACCAGUUUCUUCGCUCUGUUUUUAAUGUCGGUGGAUUAACAAUUUGUGUUGUUGAGGCAACUGUGAUAACUCAGUCCCGAUUGAGUCGGUGUUUCCCAAGGCAGUUUCCAUCCAAGAAACGAUGUGAUGCCGCUGUUGCCUUAAUGCGGGAAGGUGGUGUACACGUUGUUGCGGAUAUUGAUGGUAUGGCUGGGUUGUAUUUACUCCGUGUUAUCACUGGUAGUACUUCAUGUACAUCAGGAUCUAUCCUAGCCAAUGGUGUUCCUGUUGAAGCUGGUGUUUUUCGCAAGGCGGUUGGUGUUAUUAGCGAUGAAGGUACUCCUUUACCAAAUUUAACAGUUGAGGAAAACAUUAAUUUUGUCGUUUCUAUGAGGACAAGAAUAACUGGUAACUCACGAAAUCUUUUAGUAAAAGCAGCCUGCGUUCUUACCGAGCUUGAUCACCGUAAGACUACAAAUUCAUUGUCACCUUCAGAAGAUUUUCGACUUCGUCUUGCCAUGGAAAUAGUAAGAGAUCCUCCCGUUAUUGUCGCAUAUUACCCUUUUGAUAAUCUUAGUCUUUCUGAUGCUGCAGAGUGCAGUGCUAUUCUAAAGAGAAUAUCAACCAUACUAGAAAAAACAAUCAUUAUUUCAUCUAAGACACUUGCAACAUAUUUAUUUGAAAUAACAGAUACCGUAUUGCUUUUUGGACUUAAUGGACAGGUACUUUACUCUGGUGAGACUACUUUGAUGGCCUUAUAUUAUAAAAGUCUUCAUGCUUCCAUUACUUCAUAUUUUUCUGGUUUUGACCAUUUACGGGAUGACCUUAAUAUAAGGUCUGAAAGUUUUUCACCUUGUAAUCAAUUACCUGAUGUAACUGUCUCAGGAGGAGACCAUAAAAACAGGGAAGAUGAACCAAGUAGUAUAUCCAUGCGUUCUUCUUAUGCUCGAGAGACAAUUAAUGAAACGAUUGAAAAUGUUGAUUUUUGUGGAGAUGAUGCUCUUAGUCUUGCUAUAUUAUGGGGUGAAAAUGAAGUUGAUACUUAUUUUUACGCUUCUAAGUAUUAUGAAUCAUCUUUGCGUAAGGAAAUGCUUCGGUCAAUAGCGGGAUAUUCUUUCCCACCCCAGGACGAUUAUGGUGUGACUCCUUUUACAGGUACUGCAGUUCCUCAAUAUUCAAUGUUAAAACCUUUUCUUCUUUGGUGGUAUGAUGCUUUACAAACACGAAGAGAACCGGGAGGUGUAAUUUAUUUUUGUUUCUUAUUGAUUGGGUUACUUGUGAUAACCCUGUUAGUGCAUCGUCAACCCGAUGAUCAAGGAGGUAUGUACAAUAUCAGAGGUAUUCAAUUUGUUCUCUUUCUAUUGACUAUAAUAGCAAAUAUUGUGGUCAUGGAUGAUGUAGAUCGUCAGUUACGACUUUUUUUUUAUCAACGCAACAGUGGACUUUACAAUACAUUUUGUUUUAUGUUCGUUUUUGUCAUACGUACGAUAUUUUUGCGAGUAAUAUGUUUGGCAUUGUUUGUUCCAGUGGUUCUAUUUGUUUUGAAAAUGAAGGCACUAUUUCUUCUUCUUGUUGGUGCCCUAAGCAUUACUCACAUGUUUCUUCAUGUGGCUGUGCAUGUAGUUAUACCUGAAAAACAAUUAGCAGCUAAUAUACUCCGAGUGUAUAUGACCUAUUGUAUUAUUUUUUCUGGAUUCUUACUUAAUCUGAAGUCCAUGCCUCCCUUUGUUGGGAUGAUAAGUUUAUUGAGAUGGGUUUACGGAGCUGCCUUGGCACAAAGUUUGCGGAACAUGCCAUUUAGUUGCGAUGGUGCUGGUAACACAUCAUACUGUUACAGCGGUGACGCUUACUUGGAACUUGAGGGAUUUCAGAAUGAGUCUACAAAACAAUCUUUAGUGGUAUUAGGUACAAUGUGUGGUAUUUUGAUAUUACUUGUGGGAGUUGCCUUAGCUUGUCGAAGCUAA